ACCAUAAAUUCCGGCCUCGCACUCGCCAGAGAGAAGAGAGAGAGCAGAAAACUAGCAGAAACCAGACCCGUCUUCUCCAGAUCGCCAAUACACCUCAACAGGCCUUCAAUUUAACUGCGCAUCAAUUUGGAUGGGUAAAUCUCUUCUUACGUUGGCUCUAUGCCUCCUCCUCUCGGCUUAUGUGUCGGCAUCGGCCUCAGACGUCGAGCAUCGGGCUAACAAGUCCUCUCCCGCCGGAAUCCUAUGGGCCACCGCUAAGGAUAAGAGCGAUCUUCUCGCCGCGAUAGAACCGGAGGACGAUUACGCGGUGGAAGGCGAUGCCUCCGGCGAAUUCGCCGGAGGAUUCUCCUCCCUUGAGGGCAUGUUGCAGUGGGCAAUAGGCCAUUCUGAUCCUGAGAAGUUGAAGGAUAAAGCAAGUGAUGCUCAGAGGUUAUCUCCAGCUGAGCUGAACAAACGCCAAUUAGAAUUAAAGGAACUAAUGGAGAAACUUAAGAUCCCUUCAGAUGCCGAGUUGAUGAAAAUAGCUAUCAAUGAUCUGAACAAUUCUUCUAUAUCAUUAGAGGAUCGAAAACGGGCAUUGAAUGAACUCUUGAUUCUUGUUGAGCCUAUUGAUAAUGCAAAUGAUCUUGACAAGUUGGGUGGGCUUGUUGCUGUGGUUCGAGAGCUUGAUAAUUCGGAUCCUGAGAUACGAACAAUCUCUGCAUGGAUUCUUGGAAAAGCAUGCCAAAAUAAUGCACUUGUACAGAACCAGAUCCUUGCUCUAGGAGUUCUGACAAGAUUAAUGAAAAUGGUAAAGUCCAGCUCUAGGGAAGAAGCUAUAAAGGCAUUAUUUGCUAUUUCUACCUUGAUCAGGAACAAUAAGGAUGGCCAGGAAUUGUUCUUUUCAGUGAAUGGGACUUUGAUGUUACAGGACAUUAUGAGCAAUGUUAGCAUUGACAUUAGACUUCAGAAAAAGGCUGUUCUUCUUGUAGCAGAUUUGGCUGAUUACCAGCAAGAGAUUUCAGGGGCUGCAAAACAUGCUGUUGUUAGUGAUCAGCUCUUAUUGAAGGCAGUCGUCAAUUUACUAUCAUCAAAUGAUCUUGACCUUCAAGAGAAGGCACUACAAGCAGUUAAGAGCUUAUUGCAACUCCCCUCAACAGACGCUUUAGAUUUAAAAAAUUUCUGUGACCUUGACAAUGUCCUGGAGAGAAUCCAGGAGCAGUUGUGGGAGAUGAAGGAUCAUGACUACUAUGCUGAAGAAAUGAAAAACUUAAUAAGCGAAAUACAAAUCAUUUUUCAUAGGAAAUCAGAGAAGAAUGCAGGUUUCAUGGGUUCCAACCUAAAGGAAUAGAUGACUUUCUGAAGUUUUGUGCAGUCAGACCUGCCAGGUUUCAAGCCUGAGACAAGUUUGUGAUAAUUUAUAGAAUUUGUAGUGUGGUAGGAUUCAGAUCUUAGUUUUUAUUAGCCAAAGGACUUAGUUGAUUGAGAUAGCUUUGUUUUAUAUGAAGCUCUGUAAAUUGAACUGAGGAAAAUUUGAACUAUUGCCGUUAGGGAUGCUAGUGAAGUCCUUUCUUUCUU